CUUUUUCUGCGGAAGGGGUUAGCCAUUGAACUUGAGUGUUUGGCAUUACAUUCACUUAAUGAAAUGAAUUCAAUGAAAUUGUGUAAUCAUUAUGAGAAUUAUAAAUAUAUUUUUCGUAUGGGUAAGGUAUUUCAGAGGCAUUUCGUAGAUGAUGCAAAUUCAGAAAAACCAAAUUUAUAUGGAACUUUGGGCGUGAAUACAUCAGCAUCCCAUGCUGAAAUAAAGCAAGCGUAUUACGAUCUGACUUUCAAGUAUCAUCCUGACAGAAAUGAAGGAAGCGAAGAAGCAGCAAUCAAAUUCAGAGACGUAACAGAAGCGUACGAAGUACUUGGUAACUAUGGUAUGAGGAAGAGGUAUGACAAAGGCUUACCUUUACCUGUGUCAGUAAGAGUACCGGUGGAGAAGAAAGACAUUAUUGAGCCUAAUGUGAAAUAUCAAAAAUUCUUUGACAGUCGUUCAAGGCCGCAGAGCACGUCUAAUGAGAAUGAUAUUGAAGAUGAAAGACGUGAUGCUCAAAAAACAUCAGAUCGUUUGGAAGCAGCAGCGAAAAGGUUUGAAGAGAGUUAUGUACUUCAAUUACCAGCAGCUGUGUUUUUAGUAGUAAUUAUUUUGUUAGUGAGAUUUAAAGAUUAUUUAUGAAUAAAUAAUUAGAUAGUUUAAGCAUCUACUAAUUUUUGCUUCGUGGAAAGCAUAUCUUCGCAAACCAUUAAAAGUACAUUUUUCCAUCUCCAAAUUAUUUGUGAUUUGUAACAGUAUUGUCUAGCAUGAUUUUAAGUAUGAGAUAUGAUGAUUAUCGAAAAUACACAAUAUAAUUUAGUUAUUUAGUAGUGCCGUAAUAAAUAUCUGUUUCUUAUGGUA